AUGGGGCCCCCUUCUCGGGGGAGCAGUUCUGCUGCUGCUGCAGCUCAUGAUCCAGCAGCAGCAGCAGCUGAUGCUGCUGCUGGAGCUGCUCCAGGGCCUCCCGUCACCGGAGAAGACGGUAUAGACCCGCAGCAACAACAGCAGCAGCCGCAGCUGCUAAAUGAAGAAGAACAGCAGCAGCAGGAGCACCACCAGCAGCAACAGCCACCUCAAGAAGACCAGCAGCAGCAAGAGCAGCAGCAAGAGCAACAGCAGCAAGAGCAACAGCAGCAAGAGCAACGGCAGCAAGAGCAACAGCAGCAAGAGAAACAGCAGCAAGAGAAACAGCAGCAAGAACAACCGCAGCAAGAGCAACCGCAGCAAGAGCAACCGCAGCAAGAUGAUCGCCUGCUAGCUCCUCCUUGCCCCCCAGCGCAAACAGCCUCUUGGGUUGCUCCUCAGGGUGCCACUCAGGUGCCCCCUAGGAGGCCUCUAGGGGUACAGGAGGAAGCAACAGAUGUUUGCCGCUCUAAGGGGGGGCCCCAAUUGCCAUUCUUUAAAAGAAAACCAAAAAAUAAUUCAUUUGGAAGUGUUGUAGGCCGCAAAGAUGUAGCGUCACUCCUAAAAGAACUCCAGGGAGAAGCAGGCCGUGCAUCGCACCUUUUAGAAACAUCGAGCGAGCGCUCUCUCAUCUAUGGUAUUUUAAACCCCAUUGUGCUUCUUGCCUUCUACAAGUUUGUGGAAGAGCAACGUCUUAAGGAGCUGACUUCAAUAAAACCCUCAAAGAACUCAUCCGACAACGAACUUCAAUUGAAGCCGCAAGUGCGUGGAGAACACAUUUAUCUGAUGCAUACACUAGCGGCCUUUGCGUAUUCGAAGAAGUGUUUUUCUCAGGCAAAACGGGUCUUUUUCGAGCGUCGGUUUGUCGGUCCUUGCGCAUUGGUGCUGUCGUACUUCCGGGUAUCUCCUGAGUCUUUAGGGAUACCUCAUUUGCUGCGUAUGGGGGGUUUGGGGGGGAGAGAUGGGUUAGCUGGCCAGCUAGCUAACCAGCUAGCUGGCCAGCUAGCUAACCAGCUGAGUAACCAGGAGGGUUUCGGCUGGAGACGCUUAAGGAGAGGCAGUCAGGCAGACGAAUCAUUUUACGAGAGAUAUCCUAACCCUCGGUGCUGUAAGAAGGGAACUAACUCCUUAAUAAGCAAAAGAAGAGCCUCUAAGCAGCAGCAGAAGCGGCAGCAAAGGCAGCAGGAGGAGGACUCUCCCCGUAUUGGCACCAACAUCUUGCCUGUUGGAACAGGAGCAGCAGCAGGAGGAAGGGAGAGAAGAUAUGCUGCAGUAGAUGAGCAGCAACUUACUUGGGAUGCUGCUGCUGCUGCUCUCUCCUCAGGAAGGGGAGACAGCUGCAGGGCUGCAUGUAUAAAAUUUCUUGCUGCUGCAGCAGACUGUCUCCUCGAGCUGUUGCUGCCUCUCUGGGAAGACUUCAGAGGAUCGGCCCUCCCACAACUGCUACGAGAAGCCCUCCAUCCUCGCUUUAACCCUAAAGCGUCCCUUCUUGAUAAGAUCGUCCGUCUGCAGCAGCAGUCUGCUGCUGCUCUUGCUUCUCUCAAGGCUGGCUCAAACCCAGCAGCAGCAGCAGCUGCUGCUGCUGCAGCUGCUGCUGCUGCUGCAGCAACAGGACCAACGGCAGGAACAGGCGGCGGUGCUGCUGUUCAGUUUGCAGAAAUGCAACAGCAACUGCAGCAGCAACAGCAGUUGCCGGCGCUGCGCCAGCGGAGUGCAUCAGGAGAUUCGCUAGGGAAUGAGUGUGGGGCCCCAAGCCAGUUAUUAUUAAAAGAAGAGUUCAGCUGUACGCGACCUCCUUAUCAAGAGACAGGCAGCCAAAGACUACAGAAAAGGACAGCAUUAAGACUAGGGUUAAUGUCCUUCUUAGAAGAUAGGGGGAAAGAAGACGCCGGUAAUUUGAAGGGGGCAGUAGUAGAGACCGACAGCCCGAGCUAUGCCCUCACUGUUGCAAUGAUGAAAGGAAUGGAGUUCAGCAAUACAAUGAAUGCGGGUUUAGUGGCGCUUGCCCACAGAGAAGAUAAUCAACUUGAUGUCCGUCAUGGCGAGGGUUUACUUGGAUUCUUACUGGAUGAGCCUUUGCUACUUGAAGUUCGCCAUUUUCAAUUUUCCUGUUCUCCCUUGUUGCCUCCUUCAUUUGUUGCUACUUUUGAAGACAUCGCACCAGAUGCAUUUGAAUGCGCAAGAGAAGUUGCAGGCAUCAGUGAUCAGGAGUACCGGAAGAGUUUGUGUUCCACAGACUUCUCCUUCAUUGAGUUUCAAUCGAACAGCAAGAGUGGUCAGUUUUUCUUCUUUUCUCAUGAUGGGAAGUUUUUGAUUAAAACGAUUUCCAAAGCAGAAGUCAAUCAAAUACUGAGGGUUCUUCCGUCUUAUAUCGAUCACAUCUUAAGCACUCCUUUGUCUCUUCUAACUCGCAUAUUUGGCAUACAUCGAGUUGAAUUGUAUAAAACAGAAACUCCAUCAGAGGCCCCCCAACCAGCCCCUGAGGUAGAUGCUGCUCCUCUGGGGGCUUCAAAGCGGCUCUUACAACCCCCAAAGGGGGAAUGGGGGUCCCCUAAAGGGGAAGGGGGGCCUCUAUCAGCACCCCGUGAAUCCCUGUCGCAACAGUUUGAAGACGGGGGGAGGCCGUCGCGUCGCUCAUCCAUAGCAGCAGCAGGAGGAGGACCUUUAUCAACAGGGUCGAGAUGUAUUGGCAGUCCUGCUGUGUCGUUCCGUGGUUCUCGAGGGCCCUCAGAGAACCUUCCUUUUACGUUAUCAAGGCGUGUAUCUUCUGCUGCUGCUUCUGGUGUUGCUUCUGCUGCUUCAGCUCGUAGACGCAGCAGCAACAAACCAACCCUUAGACCACAAAGUGCUCAAACAGAUGUUGCAGGGCUUUUAAUAGCGGGGGGCUCUAUUCUUGAGCGUCACUCUAACUUGGGACUUUCUUGCAUGGGCUCUACAAAGCAAGACAACUUAGAUAUACCGGGGCUUCCUCCUCGAGGAGGCCCCACUACCUUGGGGCCCCCUGCAAACACCCUCCUGCCUAACAGGCGGGCACCCAGCGUAGUUGACAGCAGCACAAGAGACAGGACCAGGGCCCCCUCUAUCCUUAAAGCACCCCCUACAUGCGGAGGAGACUGGGCGGCGCAACGCGACAACGGCACUAGGCCAAGCAUGCUGCUGCCGCAGCAGCAGCAGCAGGAACAGAGUCCUGGGAACACUCAGAGGGGCCGCAAUAUUCCUAAAACGGGACUGUUGCAAAUUCUGACAGAUAAACAUAGACAAAAACAAAACCCCACACAGCAUACGAAACCCCGGGAUGUCAAAACCCAGGAGUCCCAAAGGACGUUGGUGACGGCUGCUUACUUCAUUGCAAUGGGUACUGCAUUUGACCCAUCAUUGGGUUUAAAUGAGGCAUUUGAUAUUAAAGGCAGUACCGUGAGCAGAACUGCCAGAGAAGAAGACACAGUAAAGAAAGAUGUUGACUGGCUACAAAGUGGGCGUAAGCUGCAUUUGCGGGAAGACGAAGCUCGGAUUCUGUUAGCAGCACAUGAGAGGGACUGCCGCUUCCUUGAGCAGCUUGGCGUCUUUGAUUACUCCCUCCUUAUCGGCAUCCAUGAAUGUCGGCAAAAGGAAACCGAGAGGCCCCGCCUGAACACUGAAACACCCAGCCGGGGACCUUUGAGGGAUUACACAAUGAAGGCCCAUCUAUCGAUGGAGGAAUCUCAGAGCGAAGUGACAUUCCUCAGUGCAGACAACGCUCUGCUGCAAGCGAUGGGUUUGCCAGGACAGCAGCAGCAGCAGCAACGGCGGAUCUCGUCGGUAUUUGAACCACCAGAUCCGUGGAAUUCGGGUUUAAAGGUUGAAGUUAAUUCCCCUCCCCGUUCAGCAACAGAUGUAGGAGCAGCAGCAGCAGGAUCUGCUGGUUCCGAAGCAGUACCUUUUCCUUCGACUGCAACGGCAGUAGCAGCUGGAGCAGCUGCAGGAGCAGCGACAUCUGCAGCAAUGUUUCCUGUACACCCUGUGGGGGAGGCAGAGUUGUUUCCUUCCCCUCGAACAGGUUUUGCUGCUGCAGCUGCCACUCCUUCCAAAGAGACUGCAGCAGUGGCAGCAGCAGCAGAACCAGCAGGAGAGGACACUGUCACCGACGCAGAGGACAAUGGCCCUCUUCUUUGUCAGCCAGGAGGACCGGCUGCUGAUGAAGACGCGGAGUCAGCCUGCAGCAAUAGUGUAGCUUUGCAAGAGCAGCAGCAGCAGCAGCAAGAUGUUCUUGCAGGGGAGGCAUGCAUCAAUAGAAGCCCUCGAGCAGCAGAGGCAGCAGGUGCCCUGGGACCUCCCGGUGCUGCUGCAGCUGUUGCUGCCGAUGCUGCAGCAGAAGCUGGUGCAUCAGAUGCUGCCGAGGGGUUUUCGCGGGCUUCUUCUGCUGAAGCCGAGCAGAAGCAGCAGCGGGAAGUAGUGCUUUCCAGCUCGCAGUGCCUCGGCCCGCCUGGCUCUGAGGCAUUAGUGCACCUGCCCAGCAGCAACAACAACAACAACAGCAGCAGCAGCAGCAACAACAACAACAACAACAGCAACCACAGGAACAGCAACAACAGCAGCUGUAGUAGCAGCAAGGGUGGGGGCCCCGUAAGGAUUCGCUUCAGUCCUUCAGAAGCUGCAGAGACGGCUGAGGCACCCAGCAGCAACUUCAGGUGUACAGACACCCGAAGUAGAGGGCAGCGAUUAAGUGAAGACGACAGCGAAAUCGGGAAAACCCUUUACUAUCCAUAUGGCCACACUAUUGCCCUUUCCAGAACCUUCACACAAACAAGCACCCCGUACUUAGGUGCACCUUCGCUGGAGGGAGGGUUUGGAUUGAAGGUGAUGAGUUUUAAUAGAAGAGAGGUUUAUUUCUUUGCCAUUAUUGACUUCCUCUCUCCUUACACCCCAAGACGUUACCUGCACACAGCGUAUAAACGCAUCAAGUCCACCGCCUCGUGUCAAUUCGGGGAGAUAUCUCCCGUGCCUCCUCAUCACUAUGCCUCUCGUCAAGUUGCUUUUGUGCAACGAAAUGUAAUUUUGUCUCAGCCGCAAAAGGCAGCAUCUGCAUCUAGGGAGGGUUUUGCAGCAGAUAAGCAGCAAAUGUUGGAGCCCCCUAAACCCUAA